UUCCUCUCCCUCCCCUCCCCGCGCCGGCCGCCAGCGCGUUUCAGGCAGCGGUCCGGGCACUCACCGCCGAUGCUGAGCAUGGAGGGCUUGGUGGGCACCAGAGCCCUGGGCGAGGAGUCCCUCCAGAUGUGGGACCUCAACAAGCGCCUGGAGGCUUACCUGGCCCGCGUGAAGUUCCUGGAAGAGGAGAACGAGGUGCUGAGAGCCGAGAUCCAGAGUGCCAAGGGCAGCCCAGGAGAGGACUCGUGGAGGACCAAGUACGAAGAGGAGCUACGAGCCCUGCGGGCCACGCUGGACGAUGCCUUCAGGGAGAAGUGCUCGGCGGAGCUGGCCCGGGACAACCUCUACGAGGAGAUCCAGCACGUGAAAAGCAGGUGCCAGAAGGAGCAAGCAGCUCGGGAGGAAGCCAAGAAGCAGCUGUCCAUGAGCAAGAAGGAGCUGGAAGAGGAGAGGAGAGCUCAGAUCUGGCUGAAGGAGAGAGCCCUGCAGCUGGAGAAGGAGGUGGAAGCCCUGCUGGAGGUGCACGAGGAGGAGAAAGCAGGGCUGGACCACGAGAUCGCCAGCUUCUCGCAGAGCUUGGAGAGCUUCCGCUGCGUGCCGGUGGCUUUCCAGCCCGUGGAGGUGGAGGACUACUCCAAGAGACUCUCGGAGAUCUGGAAGGGGGCCGUGGAGACCUACAAGACAGAGGUGUCCCAGCUGGAGAGCUCCCUCUGCCAAGCCAAGGAGAACCUCUGGAAAGCAGUGGAAGACAACCAGCAGAGCCAGCUGCAGCUGCGGCACCUGGAGAAGGACCUGGCGGGGCUCAAAGCGCGGAAGGACAUGCUGGAGGAAAGCCUGUCGCGCCAGUGGCAGGAGCAGAGAGGGGAGGCCGAGAAGUUCCAGGUGGGUGAAGGCAGGAGGGGAGAGCUGCCGCGUCGGCACCCCGUCUCGGGGAAGGCAGCGCAGCCCGAGGGGGGAAGGCACCCGCCGCCGGGCGCCGGCGCGGAGGCAACGGCCCGUCCCCACUCCCCAGAGCGGCCUGAGCCCCUGAGCCUCACGGCACCGGAGCCGAACGAGAACAAGCACCCUCAUGAGGAAGCCAAGGAUGAGAAGACCCAAGACCCCAGCGAGGAGCCACCUGGGAAGUCACCUGCCCCACAGUUGCUGUACCCCGACCAGCUGGUCACUGAAGCGUUGGAAGAUGCUCUCAAGGAGGUGAGAGACGAUGCUCAGCCCAAAGAAGAGCCCAUGCUCAGGGCCGAGAGGGCUACAGAGGGCUACAGGGUAGGGAGCACGCCCGAGCUCCCCGGCCAGACGGCAGCCGAUCACCCCAUGGAGGAGGUCGAUGGCACUGAGGAUGCCAAUUUUGAAGCCCUCCUAGAAGAGAGGGCUGGAGGAGACAUGCACGAGGAACCAGACAUGGAGCGCACCGCUCAGCAGGAUGGAGCAACGUCCCACCUGGAGCUAGGACCGUCCAGCGAGCAGGAGGAAGAAAGCGCACCUGAUUUUCUCGUUGCUGCACAGAGUGAGACAGAAACCCAGGAGGCGAUGAGAUCUUGGGAGGAGGAAGGGAGCAAAGAGGAAGAGAUGCAGACGCUGCUGAGCCCAGAGGAAAGCGGGGAGCCGGAAUUCGUGCGCGACGCCGCAGGCAGCCCGCUGGGCGAAGACAUGCUCGCUUCAUCUGAGCCCGAUGCCGAGCGCUGGGAAGGCAGCACAGAUCACCCCAGCCAGGCAGCUACUGCCGGGGGAAGCCUGGAGGAGCCAGAGCAAGGAGAAGACGACGUGGAGGCCGUGAGCACGGAGGCGUUGCACCUCUCAGAGGAUGAGGAGAGACGGGGACUCUGGAGCCCUUCCAGGGAGGACGAAGAGCGCGAUUUCUCAGAAGCAGCAAAGGAAGUGCGAGAAGAAGAGUCCCUACAGAAGGAAAUCCAAGCCACGCAUGCUUGCCCCAUGGAAAGUCACCCCGUUUUGCCUGGGGAAGGCCACCUAGAAGAGGAUCUUGUUGAGAGAGAGCAGGAAAGUUUGGGGCACCAGGAAAUGCCUCUGUGCGAGACAGAUCCUGCUGUAGAGGAAGAAAGGAGGGAGGAGAUGUGCCCAGAACAUGAGCUCUCAAGCACCAAAGAGAGCAUCUCAGCAGAAGCUUCAUCACGGGCUGAAGAAGACACCACGGGAGAGGAGAUCGCAGACAGAGCAAGAGAUGGCGAGGGAGAAAUGGGAGAGCCAGGAGAGGAGGCUUUGGAAGGAGAGGACCUCAAGGCUGAAGGGAAGAUGUUGGGGCCUGAAGACCUGAGGCAGGAGGAAGUCACCUUGGAGCAGUCUGGGGUCCUGCAGGAAAACGGCUUUGAAGAUGACACGCUGGAGCAAGAAGAGCUGGAGACCCUGCCGAGGGAGGAAGUCCUGGGCAGCGGAGACGACGACAACUUCCGAAAGGACCAUCCAGAGGACUGGGAAAUGAAAGGGGAGGAGGACACAGAGGGAUCUCCAGGGACAGAAGAUGCCAACGUCACACCCCAAGAGCCAGCCUGGGUGGAUGACAUCCUCACAAGCACAGGGGUACCAGAAAGCGAGGAGACAGAGGGCAUUUUGCCGGCUGAAAUAGAAGCAGCAGGAAAAGACGACGAAGACGACACCGGGAGUAGCUUGAGGAGCCAGCAGGAGCCAACACCACAAAGCGAAACGGAGCAGGAGGCCGAGCCUGCCCUGGGACUGGUGAGGGAAGCCCAGGAGGGCCACCAGGACCAGCUUGCCCAGGCACCCGGGGACGCUCCGGGGCCAGGAGGCAGCGAGGAGCCGGCCGCAGCUCCGGAGGCGUCGUGGGAGGCACAGGCAAGGGCUGAGGACGCAGAGGACGAGCUCCCUUCAGAGCCUGAGGAGCCGGAGAAGGCCAGCACGGGCUCGGCGGCCUUUCACCAGGCUCCAGGUGACUACGCAGAAAGCGAUGAGCGCCAGGAGGAGGAUGCUCAGAGAACAGAAGAGCUGGGCCAGGAGCCGGGGACAAGCAAGAGCAUCCAGCUGGAAGACACCCUGCCGGAUAACACGCCUUUGCACCUCUACGAAGGGCAGAUGCUGGCUGCGAUCGCACGCAGCCCAACGCCUCGGGCUGGCGAAGACGCUGCAGAGCCAGCUCCGGCAUCCGAAAUUGCUCUGGAGGAUGAAGGAGAGCUGGAGGGGAGCCACAGGCCAAUAACUCCCUUAAAAGAAAGCCACGAAGAGGAGGAGGAGGCAGGGAUGGAGUCAGCCCCUGCGGCAGAGUGUGCCGAGGAAGAGGAAGGUUAUUUCAUGGUUUCUGCUCCCAACCAAGAGGCACCCAGCUCAGAAGACGCCGAGAUCUCAGAGGACUUCGAAGAAAUCAAAGUCGAAGCAACUGAGGCCAACAAAGAUGAUCUAAAAGCUCCCAGAGAAACAUCUCCAGCGCCAGAGGACGAAGGGCACUUCGAAGCACUUGCUGGCCAAGCAGACGAAGGCAUAAAAACGCCCACAGAAGAACGCGAGAUGCCAAAAGCUGGGGAUUUCACUGCCGAGCUAGAGGAAGCCAUGCCGGCGGCAGAGCAGCACCCCAUGCCCCCAGCCGGGGGGCAGCCCUGCUUCCCAGGGAACCCCAGCAGGGCACAAAGUCACGGCGAGCAGAAAGCACCACUCACUCCGAAGAGCCCAACUGGCUGCCAGCUCCGGGAGGAGUCUGCUCCCCCUGUGCCUACUUGCCUCACUGUCCCCUCUCCCGGUUCUCCCCCACGGCAGGUCAAGGAAGCCCAAGGCGGCGACAACGCUCUCCCCUUCGUCCGGCCAGGGAAGACCGUGGUGCACCAGCUCUCGGUGUCGCUGGAGGACCUCUACAACGGCACCACCCGGAAGCUGUCCUUGCAGAAGAACAUCAUCUGCAGGAAGUGCGGAGGCUGCGGGGUCCGGGAGGGCGCCCAGAGGAGAUGUCCCAAGUGCCACGGCUCAGGCAUGGAAGUCCGUAUCCACCAGCUGGGGCCCAGCAUGAUCCAGCAGAUCCAGACAGUGUGCACGCAGUGCCAGGGCCAGGGCGAGUGGAUCCGGCCUCGGGACUGCUGCCUCACCUGCAACGGCCGCAAGGUUGUCCGAGAGAAGAAGAUCCUCAGCGUCCACCUGGACAAAGGCAUGAAGGACGGGCAGAAGAUCACGUUCCACGAGGAAGGAGACCAAGUACCCGGCCUGGAGCCCGGGGACAUCAUCAUCGUCUUGGACCAGAAAGAGCACCCUGUUUUCCGGCGCAGCGGUGACGACCUCAUCGUCAAGAGGGAGAUCAGCCUGGCGGACGCCCUGUGCGGCUGCCGGCAGGUCGUCCGCACCCUGGACAACAGGACCUUGCUCAUCGCCUCGCAGCCAGGUGAUGUCAUCCGACCCGGGGACCUGAAGUGUGUCCCCAACGAGGGGAUGCCUGUGUACAGGAGCCCCUUCCAGAAGGGCAAACUCAUCGUGCAGUUCCAGGUGAAGUUCCCCGAGCCCGGUUGGCUCCCCACUGAUCGGCUCCGCCAGCUCCAGGCCUUCCUCCCACCCCAGGAGGAGGUGAUGGCCACAGAGGACACGGAGGAGGUGGAGCUCAGCGACUACACACCCCACAGCGGCUCGGGCCGACGGCCCUACGCUGGCGAAGCGUACCACGAAGACGACUUUGAGGAUGGCUCGCGCCAACACGUCCAGUGCCAGACCUCGUAGCUGGGGGUCCGCAGCCCCCGCGGGUGGCGGCC